GAAACAAGUUUGCGAAAGAAAGACACUUUCCGGACAACCUAAUAGAAAGUUUUAUAGAAGAGCUAAUUUUAAUAUUAAACAACCGAAUGGAAAUUGUCGUUGCUCUUUGUAGAUCGAAAAAAUGUAAUCUUUGCAUUUCACGAUGUCUAACUUCGAUUUAAUGGGAAUUUUUCCAAAAGUGAAUAUCCGCGAACGUAAACCUCGAUUUUGAAGUUCAAAGUUAACGUUGUCGAUAAUGGUAGAAGAUUUACGGUAACAAAACUUAUUCCACCGAUUCAGCUUGUUCUUGGUGGAAGGAUUAUUCCAUUUCCACGAACGAAAACUCUUGUCCUGAAUAAUUAUGCGAAUCGUAGGUUGGAAAGUACACUCUGUCUGGUCUAUGUAUAUAAAUCAUGCGCAAGCAGAUAAACGGUGUUCACAAACAACGCGGUAAUGAAAUGUUUCCACCAUUACCAUUGCGAAUGGUAACAUCUCGUCUGGCAACAUCAACUCAUUAAGAACAACUCAUUACCGUGAAGAGACCGGUUAGGAACGUUUCAUCAGUGGCGAAAACGUUUUCUUGCCUAUUCAGUUAUCCGAAGCCGAGGAAUCUCAAGAACGACGAAUGUCUGUCACGAAGUAGCAUCGAUUCCGUGACUGCUUGUAAACCAGAGCGAAGAUUUUCCAAGGAUUGCGAGGAUUUGCAAUUACAUCGGUGUUCGUCGAAAGGAUUUUCAUUCGCGCGAAAUGUGUCGAACGUCAGCAAGCGAGAAUCGAGUCGAUACGAGCCAAGUUUUAUCCCAGAUACGAAAGUUUUUCGGUUUCACAGGCUUGAUAAAUCAUACUUUAUCGGUGGAAGAUGACUUGGAAAAAUUUGUUUGCCAUUUUUAUUGCUUAGGAUGUUAGUAGCGCGCGUUCGAAUAAUUUGUCGAGCCAUUGUACACGAUGUAUAUUGGAUUCAAUAUUUUUUCGUUAUCGUGAAAAAUUUCUUAUGCUUUGAUUAUCGAUGCUACAAAGUAGAGAAACAAGUGUCGAUAAUAUUUUUGAUCGAGUCUCUCGCCGUGUUCGCGUUCUUUGUAUGUAGGAAACCAAUUGAAAAGAUUCAAUUACAUUUGUACUUAUUUCAUUUACAACACAUUGUUACUCGUCUUAGCUUUUACCUUUCAAUUUUAUGUACUUGCUAUGUAUAUCGUCGGUAGUUCUAUUUGUUUGAUUUAUAGGUAUAGUCACGUUUUAUAGAACGAUCUCUUGUUGCAUUUCUUUUUUGUAUUGAUCGAUAUGUCGGUAAAGAGGAUAACAGUUUUAAACAAGCUGAACUUUGAAUCCUUCUAGGGCCAAUAGCUCCAUAAAUCUAGUAUUUCGCGAUGAAUAAAAUAUUGACUGCGAGAAAAAGUGCCGAAUCUACCAAGCAGUUACCGAAAAACGUGUUUCGCUUCAAUUUUCCUAAAAAUCGACGAAACAAAGUCCGAAGGACCCAAAAGAUUUUAAGAUUACGUUGAAAGAUUUCUUUUCCAUAAUAUUUGAAGAACAACUGGUUAUGUGCCUAAGUGAAAUACGAUUUAAAAAUGAUUCUGGUAAAAAAGACAUUUUCUUCAAAAACUUUCGCAUAAAAAGAUCUUCCGAUGUUGAAAAUCGAAUUAUCAACGAAUUUGUUGUUUGUUCGGACAAUUGACGCUCAGGAUCAUACGAAAAUCAGAUAAAAUUUCAGGUUAUUCGUAUUUCGGAUACGAAAUAAAAUAAGUUAAAGUAUCAAAUCGGAUACAACAAUGGAGAAAAGGAGAUACAUAUUGGAACCUUUGGGCAAACGAUUUGGAAAAACGGAUCUCGAUAGAAUAGGGUAUUUCCACGAUCCAUCGCCGGCACCCUUCGACAAGCACCAGGGAAUUCCUGUGAAAUUUCGCGAAGGUAUUGAAAAAGGACCUCAAAUGCUGGCGGGGCCACCGACUGAUCUAUUUGAGGAGAAAUUCGUGCGAAUUUUUGAUGGAGAGGCAUUGCACGAGCCAUGGCGCAUCGAAGCGAAAGAACAGUUGGAACGUGAUAAGGCAAAAAUCGGGGGGAUUCUAUUGCCACCCUCUCCUGCCAAGAAACAUUCCACGCCUGGCGAUUAUCAUGGAUGUUUCGAGAAAGUAACUUACUUCGGAACUGCGCCAGAAGAACGUAAAAAGGGAGGACGGAGGCCCGAACUGCCGAACGUGAAGAUUAAACCCAAUCCUCUCGGUGGUCCAGGAUACGCCAACAUUUGUUUGAAUCCCUUUCCAUCGUAUUCCUACGAUCCUUAUGACCCGCCGCAAGAACGCGUAGUGCAACCGGGUCGAUUUCUGAAUGCCAGCGCGCCACUGGAUCAUUUUCCGCCGAAUCCUUACCAGGACAAAGAUUUUGGACCUACUUACGUACGACCGGUUGAUCGCGCGCCUAAGAUAAUAGGCCCUGGUAUUCUUUACGUUCCAUUCCCAAAGAAACCCGGUGGAAAUCACUCUGGUUGCUUCCACAAAUUCCCAUCGUAUUCCAGCGAGCCAUACGACAAAGCUGUCAAGGAAACGCGGAAACCUGUUAGUAUGUUUGUCAGUGGCGGGCCAUCGCGGCGAACCAAGUAUACUGCUAGCAUAAUUGAUCAAGUUACCAGAACGUCGUGUAACGCGACGAAUUACAUGGAUUAUAAGCCACAAGUUUAUCCCUUGAACAAAUAAGAAUUCUCACUUCGUCAUUUAUUAUUUUCAAGGAAUUUCAUUGGGAAACGAUAUUUUAUAACGCGCGUAUACUUUUCUAUAAUUUGUAUACUUUUUAAUAAAACAGUGGUAUGAAUUAUCCAGUAGGCAGUGUACUGAAUUUUAAAAAUCGCUUUUCUGCGAAAGACGGAAGCUAUGACUUGUCGUGUUUUGUCCUUUUCAAUUCAUUCAACUGCACUUUCAUUCACCGAUUACUUUCUCCACCCUCUCCUUUUAAACCAUUGAAACGCUAAAGAAAAAGUCCUUAAGACGAACGAUUAUUACCUACGCUACGUUCUUCCUCUAAUAUACACAUUUACAUUCUUAAUAGACCAACGAGAGCAAUUAUAUUGUUCGCCACUUCACUCGACUGCUCGCAACACUCGCGUGCUUUUCAGCUGAAGCAGCAGUGCAAAGGGAACAAUUACCGCGAGACCACUAAGAACACGUGUAACACGGUUAC